AUGAACUCUUGGGCUGCCGAGGGCAUUUAUGACUGUAACUUCCUUUGCAUUUGUGUGCUGGGAGACAGAUCAGCAUACGGCUUGUGCAAGGAGAUGAGCGCUCAGAUGAAGCUUACGCAUUGUGUCAACGGCUUUGUGGCAUCACCUCAAGACAUGCCCACGUACGGACAGUUGGGCUGUCAGGGUUUCAUUGUCCUGGACAAGGAGCACAAGGUUGUCUCUGAGGGCACUUCCCCCUUCAUGCAGGUGCGAGGCUUGGCCUUCAAACACGUGGAGGCCCUGCUGAAUGCUGUUUGCAAUAACCUGCCGCUACCAGAUCUCUGUCCUGGCGAAGCAGUUCAGCUGGCCAAAGCACCAGAGGGACUGGAAAAGCUUCAGGGCUACAGGGGCAUCUGUAUUCGUGCCCAGGACAACAAGGUUGACUUUGGCUUCACGGACGGGCCCCUUCAGGGAAAGAUGAUUUCGGUGCCGCACUCCUCUGUGCAGCGCCUUGAUCCUAUGGACGAGGAAGAGAGCUGUGGACAAGGUUGCAGCAGCGGAGCCUGUGCUGACGGCAGCUGCCAGAAGGCAGCAGGCUGUGGAGACCGCAAAAGCUGUGAGGGGGGCAACUGCGGCCUGCCCUGCUCCAAGCCGGGCUGCGAAGAGCGGGAGGCGAGCAGCUCGGAAGGCAGCACAUGUGAUCCCAGCACUUGCGAGCGAGCCGAGUGCAAGGUGGAUCCAGAUUUUGUCAGCCAAGCCCUCGACCUUGUCAGCGUCAAGGUAGCAUCCAUGGAUUCUGAGCACGAAGAGUGCGCCACGGCCUUGCGACGCCUUGUGAACACCAGGACCAGAGAAGUGCUGGAGGAGGUUCUGAAGUGCCUUUCAGACCAUUUUGCCCACGAGGAGGCCCUCUUUGAGGAGUACGGCUUCGGAGCACACGUUAACGAGAAGCUGUCUGCAAAGAAAAGUCAUGCCAAUGAGCACCAGCGGAUGCUGAACAAGGUUCGCAAGCAGCUGUCUUGUGGCCCGUCUGUUCCAGCCACUUUUGUACGAGAGCUUCUCCAGGAAUUUCACGAGCACACCACCCUGUAUGAUGUGCAAUAUGCAGACUUCUUGGCGGGUAAGGGUGCCAAGUAA